CCUAACCAAUAUUUGCACAAAUGAAAACAUUGGCGCGCGUAUUUUCUGCAUCUAUUAUUCACUGUUCCUUUUUUUGAAAUAAAUAAACAAACUGGAAGUUUUAAAUUGAAAACUUUGAAUUGAAGAUUAGAUAAAGUUUGGCUGAUGGACGAAAUUAUUGUUAUAUUUCAUUUCUUUUUAUUAAAAUAAUGAAAAAACAAGCAUGAAAACAUGUACGGAGCAUAAAAACAUUUUCGUGUUCACAAGGUUGAUAUAAGUGUGAAGGUCCCUUGUGUGUAAAAACGACAUAUUUUUUUUUUUUUUUUUAAAUACGCAAUUGCGCAGGAUGAAUUUCGCAAUAGAACGUCUGCACAAUGCAGAUAAAAUGCUCUUUGUUUUCGAUAUACCCAAUCAAACUUAUACUUGUGGUAGAAACAAGGAUAAUAUGAUUAUUUGCGUCAGUGUACUUGUAUCCCGUAAACAUUGCCUUUUUCUUCGUAAUGAUACUGAUUUGUAUGUCACAGAUUUAAAAAGUUCGAAUGGUGUUUAUAUUAAUGGCAAGAAACAAAAAUCUCAUCAGAUGGUCAAACUAAGAGAGAAUGACAUUAUUGGACUUGGGUGCUUAGAUGCUGAUCCAGAUAAUAAUACAUUUUAUACCUUCAAAGUUUGCAUCAUUGAGUCAUCCUUUCUUGACAAAAAUGUAGAAAUUAGAACUUUAUCCAGCACAGUUUUAAAUAAUAGUAUACUACCAGCAAUAUCUAUCUCUCCUGCAGAACGUAUUUUAGGAAAAAAACAUGGAUAUAAUUUCGAUUGUGAUGUGCCAAAUAAAAAAUCCAAAAACACAGAUAGAAAUAAACAUAAUUUUGAAGUUAUUCUAUCAAAAGAAAAAAAUAAUUCGAAUUUUUUUUGUCAUGACCAAAUUUUAGCAAGUAGUAGUACUGUAAAUAUGUCAGUAGAAACUGAAUUUCAAAUUGUGGCUAUGAAAACAGAAGAUGACAUUGAAAUAAUUCACACAGCUCUCGCACAAGAAGUAAAGAAUCGAGAUAUUAAAGAUCAUAAAUCUGCUAAUUAUUUAGAUAAUAAUAAAUCGAAUUUUAAUGAUGAAAUGGAUAUAAUUAUUGAUGAGAAUAAUAAAGAUAAAAGUGAUAGAGAUGGUAGUGAUAAAAAUACAAAUGAAACAGAUGUUGAGAAAGAAAAAUCAAAUAGUACUGAUAAAACAAAUGAUGCAUUAAAUCUCCUGAAGAAUUCAAACUUUGUACAUUCCAAUGACCAAAUCAUUAUAGUGGACGAUGAGCAAAUAACAGAAGAUGAUGAAGAAGCAUCUAUAGUAUCUGUUAACAUGAUUUGUGACACAUCAUCGAUAAAAUUGAAAAAAAUAAAACAUGAACCAAAAACACAAUUUUCAGAGAUUGAUGUUAUUAAUUUAAGUGAUGACGAAGAAGGAGUAUUUCCAUGUUCCCAAUUAUUUGAUAUCAAAUGUGAAGAUAAUACAGAGAAUGGAAGCAAACAAGAUAUCAACAAUGAUGAUAAAAACUUUGAGAAAAUUGACAAUGUGGAUGAUGAUGUCAUUUUUUUGACGGACAGUGAAGAUGAGGAUAAUCCAUGGUUGGAACGAUUAUCUAGGAGUCAACUAUUUAACGAGGAUAAAAAGCUUGAUUUUAAUAAUGCAGUUGUAAAAGAUGAAAUCGAUUUGGGAAUUUGGAAAGAUGAUAGCUUUAAUAUAAAUACAAAUUCAGACGAUAAGUCUAAGAAAUUAGAAAAUGUUAAUAAUUAUGAUAGUAAUAGCAAUGAUAACUUAAUAGAUAAUAAUAGUAAUAAUAAUUUACUGAUGAUAAAAAUGAAAGCGAUAGAUAAUGUCGAUCCUUCUAACGAGUCUAGUCCAAAAAAUAUUGAUAAUGCAGAUAAACGAAAAACUGAUGCAGAGAUAAAUACAGAAUUAGAUAAACAAUCAUUACAUAUGGAGAAUACAAAACAAAAGUUAGUUGCAAGAAAGUCAGUCACAACGUUAAAACGAUUAAUUCCAGUAAUAGAACCACUAAAUUUACCUGUAAGGAGUCGAAUCAAUAAUAAUAAAGAUAAAGCACAAAAAAUUACAGAAAAAUCACCUUCAAAGUUAAGAAAAGAAAAGAAAAUGUCGAAAUUAAAAGAAAAAAUUAAUGAUAGCUUUUAUAUUAAAAAACAUAAGCAUCGUAAAAAAACAUCUAAAUCAAUGGGUGAUUGCCAUUUAUCAAGUGAAACAAAAGCUAUUUCUAAAGAUGAAAAAAAAACGAUAAUUGAAAAAAGAAAAAUGAAAUUAAAAGAAAUUGCUGAAGAAAAAAAGAAACUGUCUGCCAAUAGUGACAUGAAUAUUAAACGCAGAACUGCUAAAGCAAUAGCUAAAGUAUCAUUGAAAAAUCGAGGCGAUUUUCUCUGCAAUGAGCAAGAGCCCACAACAUCUAAAUCAUUUUCAAAUAAGUCCAUGAACUUAUCAACAUCGAAUAAUGUUCAAUUUAAAGAACAAUUAACAAACAACACUGAUGUGCUGAAGAAAUCUUCAACUUCUAACAUAGAAACACAGAAAUCAUGUCAAAAAGAUGACAUUUCUAAAGAUACAAUAAAUGCUAUAUCCACAUCAUUAAAACAAUCUUUACAAUUAGAUAAUAUAAAUAUUAUUCAAGCGCUUAAGAAUACCAAACAGGACUCCAAAAUGUUAGAUAGUAGAGGAAAAAAAGGCAUCUACAGCAAGGAGAUAAAAAGAAGUAAUGAGAAUGUAAAGAUAUUCGAACGAGAUAGAUCAACUGAACAUAAUCCUGCUGUGAUGCAAAAAGAAAAUUUUUCAUCGAACAAUGUAAUAUCAAGCUUUAAAUAUAAAAAAAAAAAGACUGUGACUUUUCUGGAAAAAUUAGAAAUAAAAGAAUACGAAAUCGAUCAAUGUAAUUCUUUAAAGAAAUUAGUAGGAAAAGAUGCACCUAUACCUGUAAAUAAAUUAAGAACAUCUAUGGCCAAUGCAGAGUGGAGUCCGAAAUUGGAAGAAUUUCUACUACGCAUUUUACAGUGGAAUCCAGUAUGGCUCGAAGAGCAGCGAUCAUUAAAGACGCUACCGCCGAUUGUAUCGCAAUGCGAACUUCAAACUAUGAGAUUAAGCUAUGAUUCCUGUAAACAGUAUUAUGAAAUCAUGAUGCCUCUCUUAUUACUUGAGAUAUGGUGUGCAAUGACCAAAGAGUUUGAAGAGAAGAAUAAACAACGAGAUACAAUGAUAUGUUCUGUAGUCGAGAAUCCUACGUUUACUUCAAUAUCGACCAGUUUAUUCUUGACAACUCUGAAACUUGAGACAUUAGUUCAGAAAAAGGAUUUCGAAAAAAGACAUUAUCCCAUUUAUGGGGAUUUGGUGUGCUUCGAAUAUAGCAGCACAAAUGUACAACAUGGAAAACAAAUUGUGAAGACAUUCGCAUAUAUUACCAACGUGCAACAAACGAUUAUCACGGAUUUUACGCAUUAUAAUCAGGAUUUAAAAAAAUAUGUCAAAAAUCCAUAUGCUUUAAUAACAUAUACUUUGUUCAUGCGACCUCUCCAGCACAAUAUCUUUGUAAAUAGAGUGCAAAGAAUCCGAACGAUCAUGUAUCUACGAGCGAAUAUUAGAAUGGUACAAGCACUGCAAUAUCUUCCUCAAUCGCCUCUCUCGAAAUCAAUUUUGAAUCCAAAAAUUGAAGAAUAUCAAUUGCCAUUGAUAGAUCAGGAUUUUACGCGUUCCUCACUGAUCACGGAAGACGAUUUGAAUCCGAACCAGAUGGAGGCUGUAUUCAGAAUAACAAAAACUGUGCUAAAAAAAGAGGCUAAAGUAUGUCUUAUUCAAGGACCGCCAGGAACUGGAAAGUCUAAAGUGAUUGCGAACUUGGUGACCCAAAUACUACAUGAUGAACAAACAAGCCGGAAAUCUUUGAGGAUCCUAGUUUGCGCACCGUCUAAUGCCGCCGUCGAUGAAAUUGUAUUAAGACUUUUAGACAUCAGGUCUAAGUUAAUAAAAAAGAACCGUUUCAAUAUGGUACGUAUUGGUCGAUUGGAAUAUAUGCAUUCAAUGACUAAACCCAUUUCCUUAACGGAAUUAGCAAGACGGCACUUGUUGAAAAUGUCGAAAGAAACAGAUAAAGCCGAAGAUAUAGCGAUAUUAGAGGCACGGAUUAAUUCGUUUAAAGCCGAGCUCGCAAGUUGUCAAAACAAAGACCAAGAGAAGAAACAAGAAAUAAAUAGAAAAUUAGUGAAUAUGUUGUCGAAAUAUGAAAUACUGAAAUGUGAUAAACCGAUUAACAAGUUCAAUGCAAAAGAUCAUGCUAAAUUUCAGCGUAUGUCGGAAAACAUAAUUCUUGAAGGCGCCAAUAUAAUCGCGUGUACGCUUGCGUCCUGUUACACCCGUCAAAUGGAAUCCAAUUUUGGGGGCUACAAGGAAAGAAUAUCUGUCUGCAUUGUUGAUGAAGCAACACAAAGCUGCGAAGCGGAAACUCUGAUACCAUUGAUGUUGGGAGUGAGAACGCUGGUUCUUGUUGGUGAUCCAAAUCAAUUACCCGCGAUUAUCUUAAGUCAACAAGCGAAGAAACUGGGAUUAGAUCAAUCGAUAUUUGCAAGGAUACAGAACGUUUUCGCAACGCAGCAGAACAAUCCUAUAAUAAUGUUAAACAUGCAGUAUCGUAUGGAUUACGCCAUCUCGUAUUGGCCGAAUAAAUAUUUCUAUAAUGGAAAAUUGAAAAACAUUAUUGAAGAUAGAAUGCAUUUCCCAUUUCAUUCUUAUAGAGUGUUGCAUCAUAAUUUCAUGCAAAAUAAUGAAGACAAAUUUUCCAAUACCAUCGAAGCAGAGUUUGUUGCAAACAUAAUUCUCGCUAUGCUAAUAUUUGCAAAUUGGAAGAAUACGAGAAAUGCUAUUUCUCUCGGAGUUAUCACACCAUAUAACAAUCAAAGGACUCUUAUAUUGAAUAAAAUAAACGAAAAGAUAUCUUAUUUCAAGAUAUCAGAGGAUCAGAAAAAUAAAAUUAACUUUGAAGUUAAUACGGUUGACAGUUUUCAAGGUCAAGAACGAGAUGUUAUAAUAAUGUCUUGUGUGAGAAGUCAUGGUAUUGGAUUUUUGUCAGACAAACAAAGACUCUGUGUAGCACUUACAAGAGCUAAACACAGUCUAAUAUUAUGCGGAAAUUUUAAUGCUUCUUUUUUGGAGGAUGAAAUGUGGAAUGCAUUAUUAUCUGAUGCAAAAAGUCGCGGGAUUUUAUGUCGUGUCAAUGCUAAUGCAACACCUGCUACCAUCAAAGAAUUCAUUGUUAAAUAGGGAAAUUACAUUUAGCUUUUUAUACUUAAAAUAUUAUAUAAGUCAUAUUUUCUAUGUUUUGUACACAUCUUGUGAAUAUUUAGCUCUUAAUCUGUAUAUUUAAUAUAAUUUUUAAAUAAAAAUGUAUUAUAAAUAUUCUAAGAGAAUAUUAAUUUGUAAUACUUUUAAUAUUUUUAUCUUCUUUAGAUAUUCUCAUAUAUAUAAAUUUUUUGAACAAGUAGGAAACUGGGCGAUAAAUACCAAGGCUGAUAUCGAUUCAUGAAUUUCUUAUUGUUAAAUUUA